AUGUACUUCUCGGAUACGCUUCCCUGAAAGUCUGAAACUAAGCUUUUGCAGAUCCAUGGUUGCCUAACUGUUUCUUCUGCUAUUAAACUCGAAUUCCAGAUCCACCAUCAGGGUUUCACCUGAAAGCCCUAAUUUACCUGCUAAACCUUGAAUCCAACUUCCGUGAGAGUUUCGCCUGUGAGACCUAACUUUUUCAUGUGAGACCUCGAUGCUCAUGCUGCAUUAGGGUUUCGCAUUUAAACCCUAGUUUAGCUGGCAAGUUUGGAGUUCAUCGUCCGUUGGGGUUUUUAACUCGGACAAUCGCGGGGUAUGGCCUGAUCUUCGGUAGUACUUGGGAACCCUGUUUUUGUACCCCAUUAGGGCUUGUGUUUUGGGACCCUACUUUCCUGGCAUGAACUGAACCCUAGUUACGGGCUCCAUUAGGGUCUGGCUCUUGGAGCUCUAAUUAUGUAGGAUAUUAGGGUUUGGUCUUUGGAAUCCUAUCGACCUGUAUGAUAUGAAUCCUAACUAUGUACUGCAGUAAGAUUUGACUCAUGGAAUCCUAGUUAAUCGGUAUACUCUAUAUUCUAAACACCGCCCAAUUAGGCUAUUUGCCUGUAAAUUGAAUGGAGACUAGUUUAAACAGUUUAAUUUGAUGAGGGUUUAGUGUUUCUUGAGAAAAUGGGGCGUUCGAGGGCAGCUGUUAAUGCUGGAGAAGACGAUCCCAAUCAAAGAUCAAAGAGACGAAGGGUUGCUUCAAGUGGGGAGAAUAUAGAGGCUGGACCCACAGGGACAACUGAAGGGAAAAGAGCUCUAUACCAUUGCAACUAUUGCAAUAAGGAUAUCUCUGGAAAGAUACGCAUCAAAUGCACUAAAUGUCCUGAUUUUGACCUUUGUGUUGAAUGCUUUUCAGUUGGAGCUGAAGUUACACCUCACAAAAGCAAUCACCCCUACAGGGUUAUGGAUAAUUUGUCCUUUCCCCUUAUUUGUUCAGAUUGGAAUGCCGAUGAAGAGAUAUUGCUCUUAGAGGGAAUUGAAAUGUACGGACUGGGAAACUGGGCUGAAGUUGCAGAGCAUGUAGGUACUAAGAGCAAAGCACAAUGCAUUGAUCACCAUACAAUAGCAUACAUAAAUUCUCCAUGCUAUCCUCUUCCGGACAUGUCACGUGUGAAUGGAAAGAACAGGAAGGAGCUUCUUGCUAUGGCCAAAGUACAAACUGAAGGGAAGAAAGGUUUUUCUGCGCCUGGGGAAAUCUUGCCAAAAGAAGAAUCUCCUUUCUCUCCUACGAGGUUAAAGGUUGAGGAAGCUCCAACUGGGAGAUCGCCAUCUAAUCUAACUGCAGAUGGAGAAUUCUCAGAAUCCAAGAUAAAUGGUGUUGGUCGUAACAGUGUGAUUGGCGCAUCAGCAGGUGCAGGUAAGAAGGCAUCAAACAUGUUACAGCUCAAGGAUGGUUCUGAUGGAAUCAAGAUUGAAAAUUUGGCAUCGGUUGAAGAUUCUCAUAUGGACAGAAGCCUUGGAGGGAAGAAACCGAAAGUCAUAGGAGAUAAGGGGCCAUCUAUGACUGAACUGAGUGGCUAUAACCCCAAGAGGCAAGAGUUUGAUCCUGAGUAUGAUAAUGAUGCAGAGCAGCCUUUGGCUGAGAUGGAGUUCAAAGAUAAUGACACCGAAACUGAUCGUGAAUUGAAGUUAAGAGUUUUGCGUAUUUAUCUUUCACGGCUUGAUGAGAGGAAAAGGAGAAAGGAUUUCAUAUUGGAGAGGAACUUGCUUUAUCCUAAUCCUCUGGAGAAGGAACUGUCAAAAGAAGACACGGAAAUAUAUCAUAGGUGUAAGGUGUUCAUGCGCUUUCAUUCUCAGGAGGAACAUGAUGCAUUAAUCCGGGGAUUCAUUCAAGAACGCAAGAUUCGACAAAGAAUUCAAGAACUACAGGAAUAUCGAGCUGUUGGGUGCCAUACAUUGGCUGAAGGAGAGAGAUAUGCUGCCGAGAAAAGAAGGAAAGAGUCAGAAUCAAACAUAAAGAAGGCAAAGGAAGGUGGUCAUCUUGGUGCAAGCGGCAAAGUAUUGCAGAAGGUGAACCGCCCUAUGAUGAAAGAGAAACCAGAAUCUGAUGGAAGCCCUGGCAGCACUGUCGAUAACCAGAAAACAAAGGGACCCAUGGCGAUGGAUUCUUGUGUCAACAAUUUAUCAUCUACAAGGGCAAUGGAUCAAUGGGAUAUCACUGGACUUCCUGGAGCAAAUUUACUGUCUUCAAGUGAGCAACAACUAUGCUGCCAAAAUAGAUUGCUGCCUGCUCAUUACCUGAAGAUGAAGGAGGUUCUGACUCUUGAGGCCUUGAAAGGCACCACAGUCGAGAAAUCAGAUGCCUAUCGCUUCUUUAAGGUUGAUCCUAGCAAGGUGGAUAAAGUCUAUGAUUUAGUCACAAAGAUCAAUUGUGUUAAAGGUGAGGAAUUUAACCAGUGUGUGAAGGUUGAACCUUAGUUUUUUUCCUCAAUUCUUUCAACUGGAAACCAUGAAUUAGGUUGGACCUGGGGUUUGACCUCUUUGCCCUUCGAUGAAGUCAUUGAACUGCUUGUAUAUAUAUUUGCAUGCAUGCUUAAGUCUAAAAUAUCUGUAAUUUUAAACGUGUAACUGUAUAAAACGGAAUUAGAGGUGUGCAUUUUUGUAUUCUAUUUGAGCUUAUUGAAUCAUUGAAUAUGUUGUACGGUCUCCUUGAAUUUCAUAAUGGAGGGUUUUGUGAA